AUGACAAAGAAUCUCAAAUUUAACUUCCAGGUUAGAACUAUCGAUUUCUGUAAAUUGUAUAAUAUAUUUCUUCAGGGGGUAGAUGGGCUGUUAAUUACUUCUGGAUUCUUUUUUAUCUCACUAACUUUUAUGAUAAUCUCAUGGAUUCUAUAUGGUGAAACCAUAACCGACUUUUAUAAACAGCAUGUAUCACCUGAUUUUUCAGAAAAUCACGUCAAGAGGGAAUAA